AUGCGGGUGCUUCUUGUCGAGUCAUACCACCUCUCCCUAUACCUCAGAACUCUUAGGCAAGAAGUAUAUAUACUCACUAUGACUGGACCACCUCCCUACCAUUCCAGUCGAGCAAAGCAAUUGUACUCAAGCACACAGUCCUCUUUCCUCUCUAACGUCCUUCCAAACAUGUCUUCUGAAUGGCGCAUGCAAUUAAACAACUACUUGCAGACCAUUGGAUGUGCUCACCACUUGCAGAUGGCUGUCAACCCCGACGGUCCUUCUCAUCGUCCACUAUGGACUGCAAUUGCUUACUUUGGUGGUGUCGAAUACGCUCGAGCUUCCCACUACAGACAACAAGAUGCUAUUGAAGAAGCUGCGAGGUUGACCCUGACAGCUCUCUAUAAUCGGAGACGCUACUAAGCACCAUCCCGACAUGUUCUUUGUCACCUUCACCUCCAUUCGCCGUAUACCCCUGCGCGAUCAUCAUACCCUAAUCCUCUUGAUCGCAUUUUGGACGUCCCGAGACAUCCUCUUAUUAUCUCCAAUUGCUGGAGAAUGAUCCAAAAGUCGCGCAUGACGCACUGUGCUUUUGGAUACUGCGGACGUCAUUCCGACAUCGGUCGCAGUUGUGCUCAAGUGAUUACAUACAUCAUCGGACUUGGCCGUUCCCCUUCUUCAUCCAAUGUGUCGGACCUGUACCUACCUAAUUAUCAAGUACGUAGCCAAGCGUACCACUGUAUUCACUCCAUGUCUCCUCCCAUCUCUCGUCUUGUAUCCUCGACUCGUUCCAUUGUCAUCACGUAGUGUAGCCUCUCUGUAUUGUCCUGUGCCGUAUCGGUUACAAAGCUCUCGCUUUCAAUUAUACACGUUAUUCAUGCUCUCUU